AUGGACAUGAACCAUGGAGGCUCUGUUGCGCCGUCAUGCAAGAUCUCAAUGCUCUGGAACUGGCACACCAUCGACGCGUGCUUCCUGACACCAAGCUGGCACAUCACCAACAAUGGCAUGUUUGCAGCGACAUGCAUCGGCGUCAUCCUGCUCGUCGUGCUCGUCGAAUUCUUCCGCCGCCUAGGGAAGGAGUACGACGCAUUUAUUCUGCGUCAGUUCCAGCGGGAAUCAUCGAAGCGAUAUAUUGAUGGCAACAGUUUUGGUUCGCAGCUUGUUACGUUCCGAGCGACGCUUCUCCAGCAAUCGACGAGGGCCGCGCUGCAUGCCGUGACGUUUGGCGGCGCGUACAUUCUGAUGCUCCUUGCCAUGUAUUUCAAUGGCUACAUCAUAAUUUGCAUAUUUAUCGGAGCUGCAAUGGGCAAGUUCUUUUGCGACUGGAUGGAGGUCAACAUUGACAUGGAUGGGAGGCACGCGGAUGACGGCCGAGUCAAGGCGAUUGAAGACCCAAGCAUCUGCUGUGGUUAG